UUAUCUUUGUUAUUUGUGAAAGUAAAGUUCAAACUUGCAAAAAUUUUGAGAAAAAAGUGAAAAAUAAAAAAAUAUUAAAAAUUAGAAAAAAAUCUCAAAGAAAAACAAAAAAAAAUAUUUUCAUAAAGAAAAGUGUUGAAAAAACCGGCAAAACUGGAGAAACACGAGAAACGUGGCAAUCCACUCAAAAGGAUGCUCAAUUGCAUUAGGAGACGUACGGAGGAGGCACUCCAUUCGAAAAAAAUGUCAAAAACGUCGGAACAGGUGCACAAAGAGUUCGAAAAGGGACUGAAGGUGUUGCUGCUCGGCACUGGCGAAUCCGGAAAAACUACAAUUUUGAAGCAGAUGAAGAUCUUGCAUCAGGAACAGGCAUUCACGGAUGAGGAAAGGAUGAAAAAAGUUGCGGAAAUUCGUUACAAUUUGCAUGAGUCGAUUUAUGAGUUGGUGAGAAAUGUGACGAUUUUGGGAUUAAAUUUUGAUUCUGCUGAACAUCGGAUUAAGGCUGACUACAUUUUGGGCAUUGGCAAAUAUCCUCCACAUGUUUUCGAUGAUGUUUAUUGCAACUGCGUGCAAGAUUUGUGGAUUAACGACAGUGCAGUCCGCAUGGCCUACAAUAACUCAAACGAAUUUCAGCUGAUCGAUAAUGCCAAAUACUUCCUUGACAACAUAGAGACAAUUACAAGGGCAGAUUAUGUGCCGACCAACGAGGAUAUCUUAAAAAGUCGCAAAAUCACGAAUGGCAUCAAAGAAGUGACCUUCAAGAUAAAGUUCCAGAAGGGAUUGAAUUGCGGCUUGCAAACCGUCAAGAUGUUCGAUGUCGGCGGUCAACGAAACAAUCGCAAUAAAUGGCUGCAAGUCUUCGAGGGCAUCGAUGCGGUGCUUUUUGUCAUUUCCUGCGGCGAUUGGGACCAAAAUUUACGCGAAGAUCCCACGCAGAACCGCUUAAAAGAGUCUCUUGAAUUAUUUGAACGCGUUUGGAACAAUCGGUUCUUGCUGCAAGCUGGCAUCAUUUGUUUUCUCAACAAGCAGGACGUGCUGAUGCGAAAAAUCGCCGAAGGCAAACACAUCAAUCAAUAUUUUCCGGACUACGAUAAAUUCCACAUGUCGCCGAAUGAGGGGAAUAUUUUCGAUGAAGCGAUGCGGACACGAUGCUUCAUUAGGAAAAUGUUGAUUGACAUCGCGAAAGAGCCGCCAAAGAGGUUGUCGCAGUUGGCUGGUGGGAGAUGCAAGGAACGACAGGCGUAUUUUCACUACACAAUCGCCACCGAUACGGAAAACGUGAAAAAAGUCCUGAAUGAUUGCCAUGACAUGAUAAUGACGAGAAAUUUGUUCGAUCUCGGGCUGUUGUGAAAGAGAGCUGUUUUGAGAGCAAAAUCUGAAUUUUUGAAUUAUUUUUUGACGACUGUACCUGCAGUUAAUUUUAGUUUUGAUAGAAAUAAGAAAUAAAUUUAAUUUUGUAUUAAUUUGCUUUUUUUAUUAAUUUUUUUUAUUUUAUUAAUUUUUUCUGAUUUUUU